AUGAUGCCAACCUCUGGGCCUCGGACCUGCGCCGCGGACCUCGUGGGGCGGCUCGUCCGCGUGGAGGCCAAGCGCCUGAGAGAGAGCUUGGGCGCAGAGCUGGAGGAGGACGACUGGGACUCUUACAAGGACGGGUUCGUGUCUGGCAUGGACGGGUUCGAGGACGUCACGGAGUACCACUUCGUGGGCUACAUGACGAGCGUCCUCGUUACGGUGAUGGCUGGCAGCGGCGGCACCCAGGCAGAGCUCAGCCCACUGCAGCUGCGCUCUCUCCGCAAGGGUGAUCUGGUGCAGGUCCAAAGGUAUCGAGGGGAGAAGCAGUGACAAAUUCCGAACCCCACGCAAUGAAAGUGUCAAAGGGCUGGUGCUGGGUAAUGGUGCUGGUUUUGGAGGUGGUUCGAGGCUUCCUUCGGCCCCAAUAUUCCUUGUUGCAGAACUUUGACUACACUCCAGCUGCCCAUCGAUCUGGGCAGGUAUAGGCUAUAGUUUCACAGUUGUGAGUUUGCUUCGCUUGUUCCCGCUCGCAAUGUCUGAACCCCCACUGGUGUCUUAGGGCCCCCACGGAUUCAGGAUGCAGUACGGGUAGGUUCCACUUGUGACGCCAAUUUUUUCCGAAGACGCCUACAGCAGGCGGUGACUCGCCAUAGGCGUCUACGAUACACGGCACCUAAGGGACCUGAGGGCACUCCACUCGGUGCCUUGCAGCACGUUGGCGGACACAACACCACAAGGUCUCCACCUGUCCAGUUUUGGGCAGAUCAUGGUGCACAUGUCGGUUUUCCGUCAGGCUGGAAAUUUCAUUACACCAAGGAGGCGAAUGGGCAGAGCGAGGGAACUCAUCGCAGUCACACUGACUGUUUACAAUACUCUUUGACAGCCGCAUCCCAUUCCUUUGGAGGAGAAUUCAAUAACAUCUGCAGGCGGUCGGGGUCGUCUCCUGCGACUCUCAGCGCGCGGGCGUGCAUGUAACUGGUCCAUUGCAAGCGCGGUCUGCCUCGAUUCUUCAGGGACCGCCAUUCCCGUGGCAUUAGGGAGUGCGCCUCGCCUGGCUGGAACACCAUUGCUUUCGGCAACGAUUGCGAAGGUGCCCUUGCUAAUUUACCGUAAUAUUUAAGCUGCCUCUCCAAUAAUGUAGUUGACAAUGGAGGAGAUUGUGCUUCAAGCAGGACGCGCUGAUUGCUGAAGAAAGAUAGGAAUGCCGGUUGGAUCUUCAGUACUCUGCGGUAGCAUUUGGCUUGAAAUCCAUCCAGAUUGUUCUUGUCUGCUUGCAAUAAUACACAAGAUUCCAAUCCGUACAGUAAUUUGGAGAAGACGCAGGCUUGCAGUACUCGUAGCUUGUGCUGCUUGGUCAUGUUUGCGUGGUUCCACACAGCACAUAAUUUGUCAAAUGCUCCUUUUGCUUCUCCGAGGCGGCGCGUUAUUUCAGCCUUGGGCCGACCAUCUGCGCUUAAGAGGCCACCAAGAUAAACAACGUCGUCUUUAGAUUGGAUUU